AUGGAAUCCCUCGCAGACACACCAUGGGACGUGACGAUCUCUGGCACUGGACUGGCCCAGUCACUUCUAGCUCUGGCCCUUUCCAGGUCAGGUAAGAACGUUCUCCAUGUUGACAGAAAUCCAUACUACGGUGGUCCUGAGGCAGCUUUUAGCCUUCAGGAAGCCGAGGAGUGGGCUGCUAAAGUGAACGAGGACACCGGGGAGCUCCCAUUCGAACAUGCUAGCGUCUGCUCCGAAUGCUCCGGGGAUUCCACGGGUCAGCUUGCGUCCUCUCGAGCAUAUACCCUCUCCUUGUCGCCGCAAUUGAUCUACUCCCGAUCACAACUUUUGCCUACCUUGGUUUCCUCCAAGGUCUACCGGCAAUUGGAGUUUCAAGCUGUGGGAAGCUGGUGGAUCUACAAACCCGAGGCUGAUGAUAGUAGUCGUCUCUAUCGUGUCCCUGGCAGUCGAGAGGAUGUCUUUGCGGACGAUGUGAUCAGUAUGAAGUCGAAGAGAACUCUAAUGAGGUUUCUCCGUCAUCUUGGUCAGGCUCAGGGGAGUGGAGAUGUGUCGGAAGGACCGGAUCUGUCCUCAGAAGAGGAGGGUCUUGCUGCACCCUUCUCUGAGUAUCUAGCCACGAAGUUUCAGGUGCCCUCUGAGCUUCACGGUCCCCUACUCUCGCUUUGCCUAUCACAGGCUGCUCCUCACCAGACAUCGGCCCAAUAUGCCCUCCCACGCAUCAAGAGACACUUGUCAUCUAUUGGUGUGUUUGGUCCCGGCUUUGGGGCUCUCUCGGUCAAAUGGGGCGGUGGCUCUGAGAUCUCUCAGGUCGGUUGUCGCGCUCUUGCCGUGGGAGGUGGUGUGUAUGUCCUGAAUACUGGCGUCAAGUCUAUCGGACCUUCACCAGAGCAGGACCCCGAUGACCAGUCGCGCAUACAGAUUCAAUUGGCCAAUGAUGAAUCGGUCAAGUCCCGGUACAUUGUUGGCUCGAAUUGGGAUCUUCCUGCCGCAUCUCGCCCUUCUCUGGAGUGCGACAAAGUGGCUCGAUCCAUCUCCAUCGUCUCAUCUUCCCUUGCGAACCUUUUCCCCGUUACUGCAGAGGGUGGACCAAUCCCUGUUGGAGCGGUGGUGGUAUUCCCGGGAAGCUCUGUUGGCGGUGCUGAUGAUGCACCACCGGUGUACACUAUAGUUCACUCCAGCGAGACGGGCGAGUGCCCUAUUGGACAAUGCGUUGUGUAUAGUAGUGUCAGCAUACCCGGUUCAGAAGGACAGUCAAUGAUUGAAGCUGCUGUGCAAAAGCUUCUCCAGUCGGCUGCCGAUCCGAACACGAAAGUCCUGUGGUCCCUGCGUUAUACGCAGCUGGGCCGAGGCGCCUCCCACAACGCUGAUCUAAGCUGUCCGUCCAAGAGCGUCAUAUGCCUCCCACCUGUCAGCCUAGACCUUACUUUUGAUGACUCCUUGAUCGACACGGUCAAGAAAGCAUGGGAGCUGAUCAUGGGGGAGGAGGCUGCUCAGCACGAGUUCAUGAAGUUCGAGGACCGAGAGGGUGCCUAUGAGGAAUGAUGUGGGUUGCAGAGCAACCCGCAUGUAAAUAUGCUGUAGUAAUGAUUUAGAUAAGACCAUUCACAAAUAAUUUAUUACCAAGGCC